AUGGUCCUAAAGGGGGCAAUACCCCUCUUUCUCUUCGUAGCGUGCCUUGAUGCCGGCAUCAGGCCUUUGAUUACGGUUUCCGACGCGGAUCAAGUCGGACUCAACAAGGACACUCUGAAGCACCUUGUCAAACAAAUUGGCGAUUUACCGGUGGCUGUCAUUGCUACUAGCGGGAAAUUCCGAGGCGGGAAAAGCUUCUUCGGAAAUGUCUUCAUGGACCGUUUUCGAGCCGGCGCGAAACCCUAUGGGUUAGAUACGAUCAUCGGCGGUUCCGACGGGAUUCCAUUCCGACACCAACGCAAGGGGCACACGAAGGGAAUUAAUGUUUGGUCCGAUGUGAAAUAUGCGGAGUAUCCGAAUGGAAAACGUAUAGCCAUCAUCUACCUGGAUUGUCAAGGAACUUUUGAUACGGAUGCCGAACGAGCGGUUACCGCAAUUUUGUUCACUAUUUCUGAAAUGCUCUCUUCAACUUUGAUUUUUAACGUGCAAAAUCGUCUCGACGCGCAAGACCUGGAGGUACUGCACGAGUUCAACAUGUACGCCAAGGGUGAAGGGCAACAGAUUGGGCAGAACUUCUUCGUGCUGAUCCGCGACUCGACAGAAAACCCGGGACUGGCGACGGACUAUCUGGAAACGUUGCGCAAUCCCGAUUCGAAAACGCUGGACCACGUUGAUGGAGCGUUUUCUGCAUUCACGCGAGUUGAAGCCUGGGCCGUGCCCAGGCCAGCCGAUGCACUGUUGAGGGCUAAUUUUUCGAUCCGAGCUGGUGACUGUGGUGCCAAAUUCUUGAAGCACAUCGUUGGUUUUGCCGACCAUGUUGUCCGAACGAUGGAGCCGAAAAAAGUGAUGUGCACAGAUUUGAAUGGUCCGCUUUUUGGGCAAUAUGUUGAGGAAGUCGUGAAAACGGUCAGCAAAAAUGUGAGGGCCGGCAUGCGCAGCGCGCCCGAGGCGUUAAAGGCCGCCCAAUUUGCCGCAGCGGAAGCCAUUGCUUUUCAAUCGUUUGAAAAGGCGGUUUCCAGUUUCGAUGUCGGUGGCACAGAGUUGGCAAAACUUCUCGAAAUGCUUGAUCAAGCCUAUCUUGCUGCCUUUGAGGUAUACAAAUCGCAACCUCGUUUCGGCAGCACGGCUGAAAAGCAAGCAGCGCUGGAGGAGUUCAACGCGAAAACCAUGACGCUCCGUAAAAAGCUUGCCGAAGAACUACAGCUUCGCAAAAAAGCGCACUCGAUGGAAAAGAAGAUAGAAGAUCUGGAAUCCUACUCUUGGCGAGACGCGUUAACAGACAUCUUUCUGUUGUCGAACAUGAUUCAACAAGGGGUCGGAUUGCCGGUGAAGAUGGAACAAGCGAAGGACACGUUCGAGAAGGCCAAGGAUUUCGUGAAAGUCACCGCGAAGGCUUGGAAACUGGAUCUG